GCUGUGGACGCGAUCACAGCCGUUCAUCAACCAAAUUCCCAAUCUCGAAACCCUAGCUUCACACACAAAAUCCCGCCCGCCUCUGUCACCCCCCAAUCAAAUUCAUACAAAAUCUAUUUCUUUUUAUCUGUAUUUUUCCCAACUCCAUCCAGACCCACUCAAAGCUUCUUCCUUUUGGAUAUGAAGAGAGUGACGGCGUCGCCGUUGCUGUCGCCGUCUUCGGAUCUGGCGUCCUAUGAUAGCUGGGAGGAGGUAAAUAUUUCGGUCGAUGAAGGCAGGAAGAAGGUUCAUUAUUAUUUGAAGAGGAAGGACGGAGGCUUAGAUCUGGCGGUGGUAGGCAAAGAGAAGAGCUUGAGACAUAUGAGGUAUCGCCUCGCCAUUAGAAACCGCCCCGUUCUCGCCUCUGCGGCGUCCUUCGGGAAGCUCAAGUCGCGCAGGGAGGUCAUUGAUUGGCUCAAUUCAGUUAUUUCAGAUUCAUCUCCUCCUGAACAGUCUCUUGAAGCUGGUGGAUUUUGCACUACUAGAUACCCUACUAACUUGGACCUUGAGAGUUUGAAGGUGCGUCCUUCAGGGAAGCUGAGUGAAGAUACUAGAGAAUUUUCAUGGUUAGGUACUCCCUGGACUAGCCGAAGAAGACGCAAGCAUUAUUUGUCCUUCAGUCGGAAUGGUGUUGAAAUUUCAGUUAAUGACUUUGUAUAUGUCUUAGCUGAGGAGGAUAAACAUCUUGUUGCUUAUCUUGAAGAUAUGUAUGAGGACUCAAAAGGAAACAAGACGGUUGUGGUACGAUGGUUUCACAAAAUAGAUGAGGUUGGUAUUGUUUUGUGUCACAAUUUUAAUGACAGAGAGAUUUUCUUUUCUCUUAGUCUUCAAGAUGUCAGCAUCGAAUGUAUAGAUGGAUUGGCUGCUGUCCUCAGUCCCCAACAUUUCAAUAAAUUUUUGAACCUGGCAAUUCAUACUCAGCUGGAGCCAUUUAUGUGUGACAAGCAGUUUGAAAAUGAUUAUAUCAAGCCCUUUGACAUAACCAAGAUUAAGGGUUAUUGGAAACAAGAUAUAGUUAGAUAUUUGUCUAUUCCAUGGCCUCUGAAUGAUAACUUGAGUAAUCAGCAACAAGCUGAUCACCAGGAAGCAGAUGUGAAUUCCAAUGAUUAGCUCUGAUGAAAUUCAAUGCAAUUAGAAGCAUCAUUCCCUGUCAAUAAAAGCUGUAUGGUUUAGAUUCACUACUAAUUUUGUAGUUUCUUGGCAGAAACAGAGUCUGUGUUGGUUAAUGUGUUGGAGAAGGAGGUGACCAUCACUUGUAAAUAUCCUGGUGUUGUUAAAGUACCCUCUAAGCAAGCUGCUGCUCGAUACAGGAAGCCUUUCAGCAAAAUUGCCAUGAUCAAGAAUAUUUUUUGCCCUCUGGGCAGUUGAAUCUCACGUCAGUAAAUUUGACAAAGUUCUAUCCUGGAUCGGUCAUGUAUACACUUCAUUGUACAGGAUCAAUAAUUUUUGUUGUUAACUUUCAUUUUGGUCAUGUUUGCUUGGAUAAGAUUGUACAUAAAGAGAGGAUGUUUUGUGUUAUCUUUUAAUUUCAAGCACAUCAGUUUCUGAUUUUUCUU